AUGGCUCCUCAAGAGAAUCAAAUUGUCGUCGGUACGAAGCGAGGGGACACAACCAUUAAUGUGCAGAAACUGUUGGACAAACCAUGGUACAAGUACAAGCAUUUGCGGAAGCUCUAUGGCUGGCUCUGUGUGGUGCUCAUCGUGCAGGCCACGAAUGGCCUUGACGGCUCCAUCAUGAAUGGAAUGCAGACAUUGACCUUCUGGCAAUCCUAUUUCAACCAUCCGACAGGCGCCCAGCUUGGUAUCUUCAACGGUACUCAAGGUCUCGGCGGGGUCAUUUCGCAGUUCUUUCUUUGGUGGCUCGUCGAGAAGAUCGGCCGCAAAUUGAUCAUCAUAUCUGGAGCGGUCAUCAUCAUCGUAGGCGUCUUUUUACAGUCGUUCGCGCGAGGGAUUGCCAUGUUCGCAGUUGCGCGCUGUGUCAUCGGUCUCGGACUCAGUUUCGAAUACACGGCCGCUCCCAUGCUCGUCUCAGAGCUUGCGCACCCAACCCACCGUGCUCAGUUAUCCACGCUACUCAAUACUCUGUAUUACUUCGGUGCGGCCAUUGCAGCUUGGAUCACGCUCGGAACCCUGUCAAUCCAGAGCGACUGGAGCUGGCGCAGCGUCUCAUUAAUUCAGAUGUUCCCGUCUCUGAUCUCCGUCACCCUUACCUGGUGGGUACCCGAGAGUCCGCGCUGGCUCUGCUCACGAGGUCGAAACGAAGAAGCAUUCAAGACUCUGGUCGACUGGCACUGCGGCGGCAACGAGGCCGAUCCCCUCGCUACCUUCGAGUACAAUGAGAUUGUGCAGACGCUGGCCUUCGAGAAGGAGAACGGUAGCAGAAGCUGGCUCGACCUCGUCCGCACGCCGGGCAACCGUCACCGUACCUGGAUAGUUGUGACCUGCUCGAUUCUCAGCCAAGCUACUGGCCAGACUAUCAUCGGCUAUUACCUGGUCUUGAUCCUGACAGGAGUCGGCAUUACCAAUCCCCGCCACCAAUCGAUCAUCAACGGGUGCCUCACGAUGUGGAACAUGGGAUGGGCAUUCUGGGGCGCAUACGUGAUUGACAAGUUUGGUCGUCGGCCCAUGCUGUUGACUUCCCUCUUUGGCAUGCUGUUUUGCGGAUUCUUACCGUGGACCAUCUGCAGCGCUUUGUACGUCCAGGAUGGGGUCAAGAACGCCGGCCCCGCGGUGAUUGCAUUCAUCUUUGUCUUCAAUGCCUUUUACGCCACGACCUGGAACGGCAUCUUGACCGGCUACACGGUCGAGGUCAUGAGCUACGACAUUCGGCCGAAGCUCAUCUGCACGCAGAACCUGCUCGUUCAAGCGACCAUCACCGGCUUCAAUUACUUGAACCCCGUCGCGCUGAAGAACAUUGGCUGGAAAUACUACCUCGUCAUCAACAUCAUCAUCAUCAUCACCAUUGUCGUCGUGUACUUCACGUACCCCGAGACCUCCAAGAUCACGCUCGAGGAAGUCAGCGUCAUCUUCGACGGCAAGAACGCCGUCAAGAACGACAUCCUGCAGAAGCAGGAGAUCAACGCCGGCGACGAGGACGCCGUGGGAAGCGACCACAAGAAGGGCACCGUCGAGAUCAUUGAGCGCGAGCACAUUGAAGUCAAGGAGUAG